CCGCGCGCCGCGGCCCCGGCGGGCGGCGGGCCGGCGGGAGGUGUCUUGAUCUUCUGAGAUGUCAGUGGAACGAGUGCGUGGUCUUGAAGAUUAGUUAUACAUUAAUCUUGUCUUCUCCAUACUCAUCAUGAACAGUCCUCAUACAAUGGAUGAUUUGGGCAACCUCCUUCCUCUUGUGGGUGAAAGUGGUGAAGCAGCUAAUUCACAAGAAAUACUAAAACUUUUGAUGGAUGAAAAAAUGCGAAGUGAGCACCACAAAGCAAAUUAUCAAACUCUAAGGGCAGAACAUCUAAGAUUACAAGAGGAUUAUACCAAAUCACAAGAUGAACUAAAACGGUUGUUAGUUGAAAAACAGGCUGUACAUGACAAAUUUCAGCAGCUUCUUGCUGACUUUCAAGAGCAGUUGCUGGCUAAAACACAAGAGCUGGAACAAGUGAAGCAGCAGGUGCUAACUCCUCAAAAAUUAGAACGGUUAAAAGCAAAAAUAUAUGAGGAAUUGGAGUCUCCUAUGAGAGAACGUUAUCAGAAGCUAGAAAAUGAAGUAGAAAAAUAUAGAACACUAUAUAACAAACUUCGUUAUGACCAUACUUUUCUGAAAUCGGAAUUUGAGCAUCAAAAGGAAGAACAUGCACAUAUUUUAGAAGAGAAGAAAAUAAAAUAUGAGGCUGAGAUUGCAAGACUGGAUAAAGAUAAGGAAGAACUCCACAAUCAGCUGCUUAGCAUUGAUCCCACAAGGGACAGUAAACGUGUGGAGGCACUUUCUAGAGAAAAGGCACAACUGUGUCAGAAACUAAAAGCCUUAGAAGCAGAAGUAGAAGAACUAAGAGCAGAAAGACACAACUGUGUUGUGCAAGCAGAAAAUGUUCAAAGAGUACAAGCACGACAGUUGUCUGAGAUGCAGACCAUGAUGCGAUCUCUAGAGGCAGAAAAGAAGUCUGCUGAACUGCAGGUUGAUCGCAUUGAGAAGGAACUGCAGACAAGUCAUGAGCAAAGCAUUCUCUUAACUAGCAAACUUCACAAAUGUGAACGAGAAGUCAAUUCCUUAACUGCACAAGUAAAAGAACUUAAACAUUCGCAUAAGUUGGAAGUAACAAAUGUCAAACUGGAGGCAGCAAGAACAAAAAGUGAAGUAGAAAGAGAAAGAAACAAGAUUCAAAGUGAAAUGGAUGGAUUGCUGUCUGACAAGGAAAUUCUUACUGCAGCUGUUGAACGUCAUAAAGUGCUUUUAGUAGAAAAGGAUCGGGAGCUAAUUCGUAAAGUGCAAGCUGCCAAAGAGGAAGUUUUUGACAAUAUUGCAGCCUUACAGAAUGAAAAGUUAGAACUCGAGAACAGAUUAGCUGAUCUAGAGAAGAUGAAACUGGAGCAAGAUUCUUGGAGACAAUCUGAAAAGGAUCAGUAUGAAGAGAAACUACGUGCUGUGCAGAUGGCAGAAGAAUCUAGCAAAAAGGAACUUCAACGUUUGCGAUUAAAGAUUCAACAGCAGGCUAUGCAGACAGAAGAGCUGGAAGAAAAGAAAUGUGAAAAUGCUAAUCUGAAACAGCAAAUAAAUGAUAUCCAACUCCAGCUUGCCUCACUUUCUCAAUCAGAAAAGGAUUUGCUGGAAUCUAAUCAGAAGUUGAAGGAAAUAAUAGAGAGAUUGAAACAAGAAUGUCAACAUGCAAGGGCUCAGGCAGAGAAAGCUCAACUGGAAACAGAGAAGACUUCAGAAUACCAACGUAUGGAAUGGCUGCAGGAGAAGCAUAUGCUUACUCAGCGCAUCACAGAGUAUGAAGAGAAAUACAAGCAAAUGAAGAACAAGCUCUGUCGAGCUGCUGUUGCUCAGAAAAAGAGAAAGACUCUCAAUGACAAUAAACAAAGGAGGAUGCAUGAGAAAAUAGAACUUUUGGAAGCCAAGAUGGAAGAACUAGAAAAAGAAAAUCAGGUGUUAAAUAGACAGAAUGUUUCCUCUGAAGAAUAUGCUCGUCUACAGAAGAGGCUAAAGGACUUGCAACGUCGGCACAAUGAAUUCCGGAGUAUAAUCCUGAAUCCUGACAUACCAUCACUCAAUCCAGUCAGUGUAACGCCAUCGUCCGCCUUGCCUCCUGGGCCUGCAGCGUCCUUCUCCUUUCUUCAGGAGGAGCAGCAUCAAAGAGAGCUUGCCCUGCUUGGCAAGCGAUUGGAAGAACUCGAAACCAGACAAAGAAAACAGCUGGAAGAUCUUGGGCCAUCUAGGGAGCGGGUAAUGGUGGGAUGCAGGGACUUGGCAAGAAAUAAGUUCACUGGAGAAGAUGAAGCACAAAGUGAGGACUCCAAAUAAAAUCUGCAUACUCGCGAUGCUGUUAGCUUUCAAUAAUUUAUCCUUUGUACAUGCUUUUCAUAUUUUGCCAAAAACAUGGUUGUAUGUGCCUGAAUAGCAUAGAAUAUAUUCUGCAUAAUUACCGCUUUGUGGAUCAGCUUGUUUUACUGCUGGGUCUAAGGACCAGCAGGUCUAAGGACUUUUUCCCACUGGGAAUCAUAAAAAGAAUAUGCAGGGUUGCCAUUCAUGACAGGGCUGCACCCUGAAUUUGUGUUACCAGUGCAGUGAUAUUUAGCAUAGCAGCAGUUACAGGCUCAAUAUUGGGAUUUAAUUGCAGACAGUUUUCCUGGUUUUCCCCUUCUCUGAAGUGCUGCUUCUCUGGACAAUGUGGGAAGUCCCUUCUACUAUAAGCCAAGAUCAGGUGUGGGAUGAUGAAGCUGAAUAGCCACAAGUCUGUGGGAUCUGAUGUGCAUCUCAGGGUCCUCAGGGAACUGGCAGAUGUUGUUGUGUUUGGAAGUUAUGGCAAUCAGGUGAUGCCCUCAGUGACUGGAAAAAGGGAAACAUUGCUCCCAUUUUUAAAAAGGGAAGAAAGGAUGAACCAUGAAAUUACAGACCAGUGUGCCUCACCUCUCUCUGGGAUGAUCAUGGAGCAGAUCCUUCUAGAAGAUGUGCCGAGGCAAGUAAAAGACAAGGAGGGCAGUCAAGGUAGCCAUCAUGGCUUUACUAUGGGCAAAUUGUGCCUGAGCAAUAUGGCCUUCUAUGGUGGAGUGACAGCAACAGUCAACCAGGGAACACCAACAAAUGUCACAAUGCAGACUUCUGUAAAGCCUUUGAUAUGGUCCCACAUGACAUGGCUGAUCUCCAGAUUGAAGAGACAUGGAUCUGAUGGAUGGACACAGCCAGAGUUGUAGUCCAUGGCUCUAUGUCCAGGUAGUGGAUGGUGAUGAGUGGGGUCCCUUAGAGCUCACUCUUGGGACUGAUGCUCUUUAGUACCUUCAUUGAUGACAGACACUGAGAGUGAGUGCAGCCUCAGCAGGGUUGAUGACAGAAAGCUGAGUUCUGCAGCUGGCACAACAGAAGAAUGGCAUCCAGGAGUGGGCCCAUGGGGACAUUAUGUAGGUCAGCAAGUCCCAGUGCAAGGUGCUGCAUCUGGGUAGGGAAAAUCCCAAAUGUGAAUACAGACUGGGAAAAGAAGUCACUGAGACCAGCCCUGCAGAGAAGGACAGUGGAGUUCUCGUGGAUGAAGGUACAUUCACAGCCCAUAAGCCCAACCACAUCCUGGGCUGCAGCAUGGCUAGCAGGGCAAGGGAGGCUUCAGAGAUACUAUUUUUCUAGUAUCUGAAGGAGGCUCUAAAACAGAGAGGGACUUUUUCCUGUGUCCAGAGAGUGUCAGGACAAAGAGCAACAAUUUUAAACUGAAAAGAGUAGGUUUAGAUAUUAGGAAGAAAUCCUUUACUUUGGAGGUGAUGAGGCACUGGAACAAGUUGUCCAGAGAAGUGGAUGCCUCAUUCCUGAAAGUGUUCAAGGCCAGGCUGUGGAUGGGGCUUUGAGCAGCAUGUACUAGUGGAACGUGUGCCUGCCCAUGGCAGGGGUAUUGGAACCAGAUAAUUGGUCCUUUCCAAUGCAAACUAUUCUAUGAUUAUGUGAACCAUUGCCAGGACUCCUUCUUGGUAAGGUUUGUUUUGCAGUAUUUUUCCAGAAAGUCAAAACAUUAGAUAAUCUCAGCACAAGAAACUUUGAAAAAUAUUUUUCAAGGUUUGGGUUGUUUAAAAUAAAACUGACAUUUAAUAUAAAAAUUAAAACAAAGUUUUUAUAAAUCCUUUAAUACUUAUCUGAUUACUACCUCUUACUGCUUCAUUGUGAAAGUUAAUGUAUGCUACUCUGGGUUGGAGUUUUGAUCACUAACAAUAUUGGUAUUUUGAUGCAGAUAAAAAGGAUAAAAUGAAACUUAAAAAGCUCUGAAAACUUCUAUUUCUUUCCCUUGACAAUGUGCCUCUUGUAUUUCUAUAAUGGGAAUAGGCAAUAAUUGGAUUUUUUAAUAUAAUAUAGCAGAGAUUAGUAUAACGAAUUGCCUUCAUAUUAUGUAAGUGUAAGUCUAUAUUUAGUCCUACUCUAAUUUUUUAACUUAACUACAACAAAAAUAUUCUAGGUUGAAUAUAUUUUUUUAGUUCAUUAUCAGUCCAGUAAAAGAAAUUUGUGAAGGAUCAGUUAUUUAUCUAAAUUUUUUUACCCAAUAAUCCAAUAAUGAUGACUUUCCUGGAACUGGAGGACUUUUUAAAUCUAGGUUUUGUUUGUUUGUAUUUGGUUUGUGGUUGAUGUUGUUUUCACAAUACUGCAACAAAAAUAUGGGACAGUGAGAAUGCACUGUGUAGUGUCUUGUAAUAGGUUAUUGCAUAUUGCUGUUAGACUGUAGGAAUAAUGAAAGAAUGACACUGGUGUUGACUCAA